UAUACAGAGUUGAGGUUUGCAUGGCUUUUGACACUAGUCUAAUUGUACAAGAAUGAUUAAGAAGUACCUUCUUCUUUUUUCCUUUUUUCCUUUUUUCAUUUAUUCUCCUAAUGGUUUAGGCUCGGCAUGCUUAGAUGAGAAAGGAAUCUAAGAUUGAGCAGUAUAACCGUGAACAGAAAUCAAACUUUAUGAAUUACGUAUCUGGUACUCUUUUUCCUCAUCAUAUUUCUUAUCCUUCAUUUACUUCAUUUAGUUUUAUUGCAUUUUUUUUUUUAUCAUGCUUCAAAAUUGUCACCAGCACCUAUUAUGUCAGUCAAUAUCUCUAUUGAACUGUAUUAUGCUUUUGAUAAUCUACUUUUCUUUUCCUUUUAUAUUCUUUUCUUCAGAUCCCUACUACAUGGACAGCCCCAUUUCUUCAAAACCAAUCUGCCUUGACUUUUUUGUGGUAGCAUAUGGCCUCUUCAUGAAACAAUUUCUUAAUAUAUUGCAUGCUUUCUGAACCCACUGUCAUGUUAAUCUCUUCUUUCUGUAUUAUUUUCCCAGCUGAUUACCCUUAAUCGCUCUUCAUCUUCGAAAAACAGCAUCACAAGUCAUGGUUGUGAGUCUUGUGACUGGAUUUUUAACUAUGGAUAUUAUUUUCAGGACAACAAAUAAGGACAAAUGUUGAAGCUGUGGAACAAUCUACCCAAUUGGGAUUGCGAACACUGUUUGGCUUGGCAUGAAUUGAAUGUAAAGAUUAAUGCUAUAAAUGCUGCAACUGAAGCAGUUUGUCUUAUUCUAAGCACGGAUGAGACAGUGAAAACACAGGUUAAGGAUCUUCUAGAGUUAUAUGCAAAGGAGCAUCAUAUUCUUGUCAUGAGUAAACCCCAACAACUAAGAAAGUUGGAAAUAUUUGUUUCAUUCAGGGUAGGAGCUACAAGUAUGACGGUCCUCCGAAGUUUAUGGCAGGCCUAUUGGCUCCAUGAGCACUGGGGAGGUUCAGAUCAUGCCCUGGUACAGCUCAGGAAGUCUCUUUUUGUAUGAUCAGAAAAUACAAAAAGUAUGUCUUCACUAUUUGCAGAUUGAAGGAAGCAUGUCUUCACUAUUGGCAGGCCUAUUGGCUCCAUGAGCAUUGGGGAGGUUCAGAACAUACAAAAAGUAUGUCUGUCAA